AUGGCCAAUAAUGUUUUUACAGAUGCUGCUGUUUUUGGAGAAACAAAUUUGGAGUUACCCAUAGUUGUUUCAAAUCAAUCAGCUGUUGAGCCUGUAGGCAAACAUGGCUUUUCAAUAGUCGAAUUUGGCAGACCUGACCUAUUCAUACUCUGCAACAUUGACGGGAAAUCACAGCUUGACAGCUGUUUAUUUACGCAGACUGGUAGCAAUUCAAAAUCCCAAGCUCUUGUUGUGUGGGAAAUACCUUGUGCAAUCAAGGAACACUCUGGAGUUGUCUCUGUCGUUACCUUUAUUUCAGCUAUUGUAUCGGCUAUUUUAAUUGUCGUGGCAUCUAUUUAUUAUUCAGAUACUCAGACAUUUGCAGUGAUCUGA